CUUCUUUUUUUCUUUUUUUGCUUGAUGAUUAUUUUAAUUGCCACUAUUCUGAUUUUUGGAGGGGAGGCGCGGCCGGGAGGGGAGAGCCGCCGCCGCCGCCUCCAACGUGCGAUUUUUUCUUUCCCCUUGAAGGAUUCGUGCUGAUGUCUGCAGAGUCUGUUAGAGUAAAAACAGCGCAUGCCUUCCUGGAGUCGGGAUCCGUAAAUUCUGACGUAGCCCGUGCAUCUCCAAAAUCCCUAUAAUAACGCCCAGGCGUUUAUGUCGCUAUGCACCGAUAGCGAGCCAAAUGGAGCAACUACGGAUUUUGUCUCUUAUGAAGGCCGGAUGGGAUGAAGACCUUCCUGCCUGCUGAGACCCGGGGAUCUAUCUGUAGAUACAUAGAUAUGUUGAUCAAUAUGCCAGUGUGUGAGUAUAAAGUGGUUUCUUAGGCUAUUCAUGAUUUGACCUUGAACCCGUGCCAGAGAAACAGCAGCUUACUUUUAUUUAUGCAUUUCAUGGAUUGAAGAAAAGAACCCCUCCUCCUUCUCUCUCUGCAACGGCAGCCGGGGAGGGGAGUUGGAUAUACCUCGCCUAAUAUCUCCUGGGCUGACACCGUCAUUAUUGUUUAUUCCUGCGCUCCGAAAGCCGAGUCCUCUUGAUGGCUCCCCUAGGUGAAGUUGGGAACUAUUUCGGCGUGCAGGAUGCGGUUGCAUUUGGGAAUGUGCCCGUGCUGCCGGUGGAGAGCCCGGUUUUGCUAAGCGACCACCUGGGUCAGUCCGAAGCCGGGGGACUCCCCAGGGGACCCGCAGUCACGGACCUGGAUCAUUUAAAGGGAAUUCUUAGGCGAAGGCAGCUCUACUGCAGGACUGGAUUCCACUUAGAGAUCUUCCCCAACGGCACGAUCCAGGGAACCAGGAAAGACCACAGCAGAUUCGGGAUUCUGGAGUUUAUCAGCAUAGCAGUGGGCCUGGUCAGCAUUCGAGGAGUGGACAGUGGCCUCUACCUUGGAAUGAAUGAGAAAGGGGAGCUGUAUGGAUCAGAAAAACUAACCCAAGAGUGUGUCUUCAGAGAACAGUUUGAAGAAAACUGGUAUAAUACAUACUCAUCGAAUCUAUACAAACACGUGGACACUGGAAGGCGCUAUUAUGUAGCAUUGAAUAAAGAUGGGACGCCAAGAGAAGGAACGAGGACUAAACGGCAUCAGAAAUUCACACAUUUUUUACCUAGACCAGUGGACCCUGACAAAGUACCCGAACUCUAUAAGGAUAUUCUAAGCCAAAGUUGACAAAGACAAUUUCUUCACUUGAGCCCUUAAAAAAGUAACCACUAUAAAGGUUUCAUGUGGUGGGUUCUUAUUGAUUAGCUGUGCCAUCACAUCAGAGCCACUGUUGCCAAACUUUGUCGCAUGCAUAAUGUAUGGUGGAGGACUGAAUGGGAUCAUGCUGAUUUUGUGCUGCACUUAAAGGCUUGUCCUCCUGGAGGACUGCCCAGGCUCACUUGUUUGAUUUCUUGUGAGAGGUGGAAAGGGAGACUGAAAGCUGUGUGAAUGUGUGAGUAAUGAAUGGGGAACAGGCAAGAGUGAAGAGAAGCAGAAACAGAGGAAAAUGGCCUGAUGCAUGCUGGGAACUAGAAACACUUUUCCAUGUUUUGAUCAGUUGUACUUCAUCCUAUACAGCACAGCUGCCAUACUUCAACUCAUCAGGAUUUCAGCUGGUGGCCUGUGCAAGGGUACGCUGCAUUUUCAAAGGCAUGGAAGGUGCAGUCUUAUGUAAAAGACUUUUCAGUUAAUUCUCACUGGAAUCAUUCCAGUGAAUUUAAAGCAAAGACCUCUUAGUAAAAAAAAAAAAGUUAAAUUUAUUUAUAGAAAUUCCAAAGGCAACAUUUUAUUUAUUUUAUAUAUUUAUUUAUUAUAUAGAGUUUAUUUUUAAUGAAAUAUGUACAGGCCAGAUAGGCAUUUUGGAAGCUUUAGGCUCUGUAAGCAUUAAAUGGCAAAGUCCACUAUGAAUCUGUGGUAAAUUCAUGCAAGUAAAUAUAAUGGUGCAUGGAUAAGAGAAACUCUAAUGACCCUAAUGUACUAAAGGCGACAAUCUUUUUUUUUUGUGCCCAUAUUAUUGUAAACGUAUGCACAUCUUUCAUGACACUGAGUAUUCACUCUUCAGACUGCUUGUUCCUUAGCUUAUCCCAGAGGAUUAAAGAUAAACUGGGUCUCAAACUUU